AUGGGUUGUGUGGGAUUUUUCAAUAAGAACGAUAACUUCUCCUCGUUUCACCAGUGCUUGAAGGCCUGCGAUUUCAAAAAAGGUUGGCUUGUUUAAAAACACCUAUUGAAACGCUUUUACACUGAUGAAAUAUAAGCAGUAUUUCAUGCUUUUUAGUGCCUGGGGCAAAACCGACUCAGGCGUACUCCUGUGUCGAUUACUACACUCCCUGCACUGCACUGACAUUCUACUACAUACCAUCGUAUUUGAAUCAUUUCCUUGAGUGGACUCAAUGUCUGGAAGUUUGCCAUUUGCUUACCAACGGUAAGGCAGUAUCCUGUUUUUUAUCACACCCCUUUACUGAAAAAAAUAUUGGAAAAGGGAGUUCGCCCAAUUAAGUACGCAAACAACGCAUACUUACAGUGAGGUGGAGUAGAUGGGAAAACUCAUGAAAUAUCAACCGAAAUUCCGAAAAGCGUCUUCGUUUCGAAAAGUUUAUUUAAGGAGGGUUGUACAACUAAUCAUCGCGAAGGAUAAUUCUACAGAAAUUCAGUUGACUCAGGAUGUCGGCUUUCGAAAUAACUUCUUUCAGGAUGCAAACAAAAACCAUACUCUGUAAGAAAUGACUACUUAUAUAGCACGCAUUUUCUUAUUGACAUUCGAUGUCCUUAAAUAUUCAAUCAUACUUCACGGAAAACAUGCAUGAAAAUAUUCAUCCUUUUGCCCAUUCGUUUGAAAAUUGCGUCUUCCUUCGAUUUUAUUCUUAAAGGAAGGGUAUUAUUCUGUUUUCAAAAACUUCUCGAAUUUCCGACAAAUUUAAAACCCGGCAUGCAGUUAAACCUGCAUUCAGAGUUUACAGAAUUCAAUCCACAUAUUUUCUGCGUACGGGAAACCAUGCAUUUCUCCGUAGUAUUAGGAGGAAGCUAUAUGGGGUUCAUAAAAUUUGGCAGAGAAUUUGAGCCAUAUUGUUUACUUUAUAAGCCCCAUAGGUGGACGCAGAGACGUGACGUUUUAUGAGCAGCCAUCUCACGGUAUCAAAAAUUAUCAUUAAUAGAAACUUUUCAAAACCUUUGAGUAUAAAAUCGGAUGAAGACGCGACUUACUACCGAACAGCAUUUUUCAAUGAAAUAUGAUUGAAUAUUUCAGGGCAUCGACAGUCAACGAGAAAAAUGCAUGUUACAUGAGUAGUCAUUUUUAAAAGAGUAAGGGUUUGCCUCCAUCCAGAAAGAAGUUAUUUUGAAAGCCGACAUGCUGAAGCAACUGAAUUUCUAUAGAAUUAUCCUGCGCGAUGAUUAGUUUUACAACCCAACUUUAUUGAUUUUUCGAACCGAAGACGCAUUUCAGAAUCUUGGUAAAAAUAUUAUGAGGUUAUCCAUUUAAUAUAUUAUCAUGGAUCAUGAUGCAUUAUUAUGUUGGCCAUGCGUUCUGCAAUAUAAACGCAAUAAAUUAUGCAAAGUAUUUUCAAAAUUAUUUCGUCUUUUGACUGUAGACGAUGGAAAGGUAUCACUCGCAGCAAAUAUCUGCACGCAAUUGAUAUACAAUUGCUUCACCUUUCCAAACACCAAAGGAACCGUUGAAGCGUUCAUGAAAUGCUACGUCGAAUGCCAAGUAACAAAAACAGGUAAAAUACUUAUUUUGUUAUUAUCCGAAAGAUAUCGCUUUUCACGGUUAAUAACUUAACAUUUUACUUCCUUCAGAAAACCAAACGCAUCAGAAUUAUAUGUACGUGUGCAAUCCCAGUUCCCGUCAGUGUAUUGACUCUCUAUUCUUUACUCAACCGGAGGAAAAAGAACCGAGUGAUGUAUUAGAGAAAUGCUACAUGGACUGCGGAAACGGUGGAGGUAGGCCCUAACCAUUAAUAUGUAAAGAUAAUUUAUUCAAAUUUUGAAUGUAGUGUGUAUGUGAAAUAAUCACCCGCAAAAAGAAGACAAAAUUAAAAGUAAGCAACCGUAGGAGAUUGAGCAAUCAUGGGGUAAAAAGACGAAAAACCAAGCACAUAGAAUAAAGAAAAUAAAAAAACAGCGAAAAAAACAACAGACCGACAGUGGAUAUUGCAUGAAACGUUAAUCAAAAUCCCGUGACACUCCAGAUAUGUCAGAGUUGCGAAAAUUGAAUAUGCUGAUUUCAGUCAACUAUAUCAAACGCACUCGGCAAACUGCAUUCAAAAAAUAAUAAAAUGCAUUAAAAAUUUAAAAUGCGCACGAAAAUUCAAUAAGCUUGUUUACAAAAUAAAAAGAACAUUGAGGCCUGACACAAUUAGGAGCAAGUAGACCUAAAUAUAAAUGUUUGACUCAAGGACGCAAAUCAAAAAGUUCCAAAAUGUACAAUAAAUGCUAAUAAGACGAAAGUCCCUGAAAACCAGCAUCUAGAAAAAAGACAAAAAGAACAUGCAUGGAUAGUUUCCGUGCAUGACAAAAUAUAUAUACAUAAAAGAAACGAGGAGAAGAUGAAAAAACAAAAAAAUAAUCAAAGUGAAAGCAGCGAAAGUAUAAAAAUUGCACAAAGGUACAACAGGGCAGAAAGACAGAAAAAGGUACACUGCAAAAAAAAUAAGAAGAAAAAAAUUAAUAAUUCAAAAUUUGAGAACGAGAAAUUCAACGAAAAAACGUCAAGAAAAAAAAGAAGACAAAACGAAAAAUUUCCAACCGAAUAAUACAGAAAGGCAAGGGGUAAAAAAGGGGUUAAAAAAAGACGAAAGAUCAAAAUCAUAAAUCAUCAAAUGUGACCGAAGAAUAAACCAAAGAUACAAGAUGAGAAAAUGGAUGUCAUUAUGGUUAGAGGUUAGAGAUUAGCCACCAAAGGAAUGACCAUGGUUGAUGGUACGUUUGUAGCUAACCAGGAUCUGGCCCAAGGGGGCUACAUACCAUACCCAUGCCGAAAUAUGCAAAGGCCAGUCUAUGCUAUGAAUGCUUGCUUGCGAAUGCCCCUACUCAGCAGGCCUUCUGAAGCGUCAGGUCAAUGAAGUUGAUUUCACAUUCAGAUGCUGUGUGCAUUUUCCAGCCUAAUAUUAUCUCUUCCAUUUCCAACAACUCCAAAAUGACCAGCUGCCAGCCCCGAACCAGAACUCUUCAAAUGUGACCAAGAUUCCAAGAGCUGCAAAGCCUGCAAUGAGGAAGAUGACAACUGUUCCGACUUAGCCACUUGCGAAGACAGCUGCCAAGGAGAACGUAAGUGCACUACCUGCGUAUUUGCCCUCACUAUACUACUACUAAUACUUAUGCUACUACUACGACUACUAAUGCUACUACUACUACUACUAAUUCUACUACUACUACUACUACUCAUUAAUACUAACACUACAACCACCUACACCGUCAGAAUCAAUAGGCCAGAAUAUGUGACUGCAUCAUUUUGCAUAAGUCCUAAGGCGAAAUAUUGCGUCUCACUGCAUGCACCGUUUCGUAUGAAGAGGUGUAGAGGCAGCGAGAUGGUCGUGAGAUUACUGCAUCCUCCAGACCAUGUCUAUUCCUCCUACUCAUCAUCCUCCUCCUCCUCCUCCUCAUCCUACUCAUCCUCCUCAUCCUCCUCUUCCUCCUCCACCUCCUCGUGA